GGGGCGUGGCGCGGCGGCGCUGGCGGUGGCGGUGAGCGCGGUUGGCGCGCGCGCUCGGGGCCUGUUGGCGUGCACCUUCCCUCCUCCCGCUUCGCCCCGGUCCCAGCCCGGGUUCCUGCUCCCGUCUCUGGAAAUAUGUCCGAGGGAGUGGAUCUGAUCGAUAUUUACGCCGACGAGGAGUUCAACCAGGACUCUGAGUUCAGUAAUGCUGAUCAGAUGGAUCUGUACGACGACGUGCUAGCAGCCAGCUCGCAGCCCCCCGAAAGCCGCACCAGCAGCUCGGAGGCACCCCCGGAGAUCCGCCAGGAGCCGUCCCCCAAACCCAACAGCAAAUCUCCCGCCAUCCUGUACACGUACAGCGGGCUGCGCAACAAGAGAGCUGCCGUCUACGUGGGCAGCUUCUCCUGGUGGACGACUGACCAGCAGCUCAUCCAGACCAUCCGUUCGGUUGGUGUCUAUGACGUGGUGGAGCUGAAAUUCGCAGAGAACCGAGCCAAUGGCCAGUCAAAAGGGUACGCAGAGGUGGUGGUCGCCUCUGAGAACUCGGUUCACAAACUCUUGGAGCUCCUGCCGGGCAAAAUCCUCAAUGGGGAUAAGGUGGAGGUGAGGCUGGCAACCCGACAGAACCUGUCACAGUUCGAGGCGCAGGCUCGCAAACGUGUGCCGCCGCGGGCUCACUCCCGAGACUCUGUGGAUUCGGUGGACGGCCGCGCCACGCCGACGGAGAACGCCUUGCCGCCUGCCCGCGUGGAGAAACCCCCCUCCGUCCUGCCUUUUUUCAACCGCCCCCCCGCCGCUCUGCCCCUCAUGGGGCUCCCCCCACCUCCCAUGCCUCCCCCACCUCCCCUUUCCUCCGGCUUCGGUGUCCCCCCGCCUCCGCCCGGCAUCCACUAUCAGCAUCUCAUGCCCCCGCCGCCUCGACUGCCCCCCCACCUGGCUGUGCCACCCCCGGGGGCUGUCCCCCCAGCCCUGCACCUCAACCCUGCCUUCUUCCCCCCACCCAACGCGGCUCUGGGUCCUCCACCGGACACCUACGGCAAGGCCAUGGCUCCCUACAACCACAGCAGCCGGGAGCUUGGCCCACCGCCACCCCCUGUGAGCGAAGGGGAGUUUGAGGAGAUCAUGAACAGGAACCGAGCGAUUUCCAGCAGCGCCAUUUCCAAGGCAGUGUCCGGUGCCAGCGCAGGUGAUUACAGCGACGCCAUCGAGACUCUCCUCACGGCCAUCGCCGUCAUCAAGCAGUCACGCGUCGCUAACGACGAGCGGUGCCGCGUCCUCCUCUCCUCCCUCAAAGACUGUCUGCACGGCAUUGAAGCCAAGUCCUACAGCACGGGCGCCAGCAGCAGCUCCUCCAGGAAAAGACACCGAUCUCGGGAGCGCUCUCCCAGCCGGUCCCGCGAAAGCAGCCGGCGGCACCGGGACCUGCUUCACAGCGAGGAUCGACACGAGGACUAUUUCCAGGAGCGGAACCGGGAGCACGAGCGACAUCGGGACAGGGACAGAGAGAGGGACCGGCACCACUGAGACAGGAAUGUGGCAGUUAAGUGGUUUUUAAUGGACUCGUAUCUCCUCACCUCGACCAGGACUACGUGACCGAGGCCGCUCCACCACCCUCCCUGCCCUUCAUCCCUUCCCUGCCACCCCCCAGCUCUCUCCGGGCGCCCGAGGAAAGCCGUGCCGCUUCCCGGCGGGAUUCCCACCGACACCUCGUGGCCUUGGGGGGCCUGAGCCCUUGCCGGCACUCACCGCUUCCCGGGAGAGAGGCGGGGAGCUGGGGAACGCCUGCACCCCAGGCCAGCCCGCUCUGCUCCACGGACACUCGGACCCAAAGAGAAAUGGUGCUUUUCUUUUUUUUUUUUUUUUUUUUUUUUUUUUUUUAUCUCCACGGAGGGAGGUUUGUGAGCCGUUUCCUCUCUGGGAGCCGGGGGGGGGGACACAUGGACCCUUCAGUUUGGAGGCGCCUGCCUUGGCUGGAAGCGGCGCUGGGGUCGUCUGCCACGUACCCAUCCCCUCGCCUUGUCUGGGGACACUCCUGUCCCACAGGACGCUGUGCCACGCUCCUCCUGUCCCCACCCCCCUCCCUGUAACGGGGGUCCCCUUCCCUCUGCCCCACCAGUGUUGCCACCACCCCAACCAGCUGCGCCGGCAGGGACCAGCCUCUCCCGCAGCACCUUCCUUGUUUUAGAGGAAGGGGAGGAGGCAGGGCAGGCUGUGACCCUCCCCCCCCCCACCUUCCCUGCACCCCCAUCCAGCUCCCCUCGGGGACCGCCUGUCCCCCGUGGGUGCUCUCCCUUUUUCAGCUGUGGCCCUGUGUCCCCCAACCAGCCUUUCCUAACAGGUAGUGCGGUGAUUUGAGGGGGGGGUUCUGUGCUCAAGGGGACUGCGAGACCCCCUCCAGCAGGAGAGAGUGAGCCCCGGGGGGGUGGGGGUGGUCGGGGUGAGCUGAGGAGACACAGGGUGACUUCCAGGGCGGGUGACAGUCCCCAGGGCUGCCGGACAAGGUGGCAUUACCCUCCGAGCUGUUGCUGGACAGGAGCAAUCUGGCUCCAGAGGUCUUUUUAGGUUGAAAUGAUACACAAACAAAAAAAAAAAAAAAAAAAAAAAAAUCUUGUAAAGUACCAUGAGGUGCCAGCUUAAUGGGUGAGUGCCGGGGAGGGGGGAGCGCUUGGUGGGAGAGUUCUGUUUUUUUACUUAACGACACAAAUUUUUAGUUUCUUUCCAAAUAGUGGGGAAAAGUGCAGAGCAAACCCCUAUUAACCACCCAGCGAGGCGCUGCCCCUCCUGCUCGCAGUGACUAGAUUUGUUUGUCUUUCUGAUAGGUUGGAAAUUGUGUAAUAAACUUGAUGACGUUGUCAAUCUUUUA